GGACUUAGAACACUACGGCAAACACAGUCACACCCACACAGGCGAGACUGAGCCGAGGUUAAGCGUCUCCUGCGAUGGUGUGUUUGUCUGUUGAGCGUGUUAUCUCCGCGUUAUUUUAGUGACUUUUUGCAUAUGUAACCGAGACACAGGCUGUGCGUCGCAGGUGGUUACUGAAGAAAGAAAACGUUCCUUGCUGAUGCAAAGCAAGGUUCAAAGAUGGAGCCUGUUCACAUCAAAGAGGAGGUAAUAGACCAGGAAUGCUUUGAUAGUCCGGUUUCUACAGAGCGGCUGUCCCUUCAGGUUAAAGAGGCCCCCCCUGAGCCAGGGUCCCACCCCCCUGGACUGAAACGCGAACCCAUUGAACAUGACUCUGCCAGCUUUGCAGAGGAUGUCACUGAACUGGGCUCUGUCCAGCUCAUCGAGGAGAUUCCUCAUCGGGGGUCUGAUCUCUGUAAAGAGGAGGACUCGGACGACAUGUACACAGAUGGCGAAGACGAGGGCACCGUGUCGUUCCUCAUGCACAACCCUCAGAUGGAGACUGGUCCUGUCCGAAUAAGACGUUUAACAGAAGACUUGGACAGACCUGUGUCUUCCACUGCUGCCAUAGCAGCGUUGAUUGCAGACCAGGAUUAUGACUUAUUUCCAUGUUUCCAGUGCAAAAGGCCGGUUACUGGGAAGCAGUGCAGUCAGAAGGGGGUGAAAAAGAGAGGUCGCUCAAAAUAUGCAGACAUACUGUUGGGAGCACGGUCAGAAAACACAAGACAGCCUUCACUAGCAUCGCAAGAACUGACUUUACCCUCGGAGGGGGCGAAGAUUCGGAACUUGAGGAGCGCUCGGCUGUCCCAUACCUGCCGAGAGUGUGGGAAGAGUUUCGGUCACUCGGACACCCUCAGGCUGCACCAGCUGGUUCACAAAGUCGAGGGCAUGCAUGACUGCGCUGCGUGUGGGAAAAGCCUGGAGAAAGGAAGUCUUAAAAAAACACCAGCAAAAUUAAACAAGGGGGGCAGGCAUCAGUGUACUGAGUGGAGAGUUUGAAUGAAUCAAAUAAUGUUCAGCAGCACCGGCAUGCCCACAAACCUCAUCACUGCACUGCAUGCAGGACAGAAUUCAGCUGUCUGGAAUCUUUAAAAGUGCACCGGAACGUUCUCAGAGCAGGGAGACCGACUGUCACUGAGCUGAAUACAGGGACAGUUUCAAUUGGUUGAAAAGGUAUCGCAGCUCUCAGUAAACGGGGGAAGCUCAGGCUUACAAACGCCAGUGUAUUCACAUAGGAAGUAUCCCUGAUCAGUGAAAUGAAAAGAACUUUACCUACCACAAAGUACAGUAGAUGAUGUUGAGACAAGACUUCAAGACUAUCGCCUGCUUUUGUAGAUGAGUUAAUAAUAUUCAUAUUAAGAUUCAUGGCGUGGGUGCUGAUGUGGUAUCACAGAUUAGUAUCUGUAUGUUUUUGUACUUUUAAGUAUUGGAGAAUGUAGUAUUAAUAGCAGGACGAUUUACGUUUUCUGACCUUGUGUCUGGUUAGUUGAUACUAAAGGUCAUGCUUGGCUGAAAAUGGAAUUGAUUUGUGUGUUAAGUUUAGAGGCUUUUGGUUUACACUCAGUGUUCAAUGCCGAAUGUGUUCAUUGUGUAAAGGCAGCAGACAAACCAUUGUUUCUAGCUAUUUUAAUAAAGUCCAGUGGAGUCUA